UAUACAAUCUCACAUUUUCUUCAAUUUCCUUUAAUGGCAUCCACAUCCUUUCCCCUCCACAACAAGCUAUUCUCCCGCCGCUUCACCGCGAUUCCGCCGCCGCAUUCUCCGAUCGACCUCCGGAGCUCGCUCCGCGUCUCCGCCGGCUACGCCACCGCGGAGAGAACCAGGACCGCCUCCCCGGCGGCGUCGUGCUACGACGUGCUAGGGCUCGACGUCUGCGCAACUUUCCAGGAAAUCAAAUCCGCCUACCGCAGGCUGGCGCGGACUCUGCACCCCGACGUCGCCGACAAGCGCGGCGGCGGCGAUGCGGCGGACGAAUUCAUUCGAGUCCACGCGGCGUACGCCACACUCUCCGAUCCGGAGAAGCGCGCGGUGUACGACAACACUCUAUCCUGGCGGCCGGCGGUUGCUUCAGCCGCUGAUUACUCCGCGGCGGCGCGGCGAGGGCGGUCGUGGGAGACUGAUCAGUGCUGGUAAUUAAAAAAUCUCCCGAUUUCGUGACUGUACAUAUAGUGUGAGUGAAAGUAUCAUGAAGAUUUGAUUCAUGGUGGAUUAAUUAGUAGAUCCAUGAGUGAAAUCAGCAAGCUGUGGAGUUCGUUACUCUGCUAUUCUAAUGUUAACUAUCAAACAAUACGAGUAUGGCUAAUUUAGUUCAAUUUGUGUAGCUGCUCCCUGCUAAAUACCCUCGAUAAUGUAUAUUGGUAUGUUUCAACAGUGAUGAGAAUUACUACUAGAUAAAGUUUAUUUUGGUUUAA